AUGCGUCAAUUUGUUCCAAGUUGGUUCAAUGGUCAAUUUUCUAAAUGGUUGGAGUAUAGUGUGAAGAAAGAUGCGGCAUUUUGCUUAUGUUGUUAUUUGUUCAAAAAUGAAUUUAUUCAUGGAAGUGCAGGUGAAUUUUAUACAAAAAAUGGUUUUAGGGCUUGGAAUAAGGGUCUUGAAAUAUUGCGUUUACACGUUGGUGAUGUUAAUAGUGUCUAUGAUAAAUGUUUCAAGAAGAUUCUAGAUUUAUCAAAUCAUCAUCAAUCAAUUCAAGUUGUUUUUGAUAAGCACUCCGAGAAGUUAAAAAGUGAGUAUCGAAUGCGUUUAGAAGCAUCAAUUGAUGUGGCAAGACUUCUAUUAUUGUAUGGAUUGCCUUUUAGGGGACAUGACGAAAGUGAAUCUUCAACAAAUCAAGGCCUUUUUCUAGGAUUCUUACGAUGGCAUGGGGACAAGCAUCCGGAUGUGGGAAAAGAUAUUAUCAAUGCUUGUGCAAAAGAAACAUUAAAGGCUAUAAUUGGAGACUUGAAUGGAGACUACUUUGGUAUAUUAGUUGAUGAGUCCAAAGAUAUCUCACACAAAGAACAAAUGGCUCUUGUUUUGCAUUAUAUUGAUAAGAAUGGUGAAGUGGUAGAGCGAUUUGUUGGUCUUGUUCAUGUUAGUGAUACAUCGGCAUGCUCAUUGAAGGAAGCAAUCUACUCUUUGCUUUCGGACCACUCACUAAGUCCAUCCCAAAUACGUGGACAAGGUUAUGAUGGAGCUAGUAACAUGAGGGGAGAGAUAAGUGGUCUUAAGACUUUGAUUAUGAAAGACAGCUCAUCGGCAUAUUACAUUCAUUGCUUUGCUCAUCAAUUGCAAUUAACACUUGUAGCUAUGUCUAAAAAGCAUUUGGAUGUCGAAGACUUCUUUUGUCAUGUUACUAAUGUGUUGAAUGUCAUUGGAGUAUCUUUUAAGCGCAGAGAUUUGCUUCGCCAUCUUCAAGCUGAAAAACUGGAGCAAUUACUUGAGUCUGGUGAAAUUCAUACCGGGCAAGGACUAAAUCAAGAACGCGAGCUUCAAAGACCAGGUGAUACUCGUUGGGGAUCACAUUUCAAAACAUUAGAUAACUUUAUUGUUAUUUUCUCAUCUAUUAUUCGUGUGCUUGAAGUGAUUGAACAUGAAGGUUCUACCUCAAAUGAGAGAAAUCAAGCAAAAUAUCUUUUGAGUGAGAUAAUAACAUUUAAAUUUGUUUUUAUGCUUCACUUGAUGUUGAAAGUUUUGGCAAUGUCAAAUGAGUUGAACAAGAUCCUAUAA